CAGUAUUAAUAAUUUUGUUUUUGUGAAAUGUAUCUGAUUGAUUUCAAGAUAUCUAUGUCACCACUGAAGCCCGUACCGGUGUGUCACUACUAAACACAACACCACACCACACCAAACCGCUUCCACUUUCUCUCCGCGGUCUACCUCCUCACAUUUAUCGUUGGGCUUAGGGCGUAUUUGAAUCGCAACAUCGAAUUGGUCUGUUGUCUUCUAAACGUGUUGCUGUGCGAAUACGGUGAACAAAGGUGAAGGUUCCCUUCGAAUCCAUGGCUGUUUCGUAUGUUCACAUGGUUCAAUCUGGCAGGGGUUUCUACAAGGGCAACCUUUCCUAUGCCAAUUGCAGAUACAAGGGAAGGAGGACCAACCGUUUAGUUUUUGCUUCUAUGCACACGUCAGACCCUAAGGUAGAUUCAUUACUGGACAGUGUAAAAUGGGAUGACAAAGGCUUAGCUGUGGCAAUAGCUCAGAAUGUUGACACAGGGGCCAUUUUAAUGCAAGGUUUUGCAAACAGAGAAGCAGUUGCCACAACCCUAUCUUCUCGAAAGGCCACUUUCUAUAGCCGAUCGAGAUCAACAUUGUGGACCAAAGGAGAGACCUCUAAUAAUUUUAUCAAUGUUCAUGAUGUCUUUCUUGAUUGUGAUCGUGAUUCUAUAAUAUACCUGGGGAAACCUGAUGGGCCUACCUGCCACACAGGGGCUGAAACAUGUUAUUAUACAUCAGUCUUUGACUUAUUAAAACAGCAAGAGGAUGAAGGAAAUAAUUUGGCAUUAACCUCUUUGUAUGCAUUAGAGUCAACAAUCUCACAUAGGAAAACAGAAUUAAUCGGAGAAAAUGAGAAGCCUUCAUGGACGAAGCGAUUAUUGCUUAAUGAUAAGUUGCUGUGCUCUAAAAUCAGGGAAGAGGCAAAUGAGUUGUGUCAAACACUAGAGAAUAAUGAGGACAAGUCACGUACUGCCUCAGAGAUGGCUGAUGUACUUUAUCAUUCCAUGGUUCUGCUGGCACAGAAAGAUGUCAAAAUAGAAGAUGUUUUGCAGGUCCUUCGGCUGAGAUUUUCCCAAUCUGGUAUUGAGGAGAAGAGAAGCCGUUUAUCCCAGAAACCAUUGGAUCAUUAAAUUUUCUGUCAAGCUAUAUCUCAAACAAUAUAUUUAGCUUUUGUCGACAUUCCUGGAUUCACUGUAUGUGUUAUUAUCUGUGUGACUAUACUGAAUUGGGGUAGAUUAUUUAAAUAGCGUAGAGAAUGUCAAGAACACCAUGUAACUGCUAUCCACCCAAUUUUGCAGUUUACACUGUUUUUGAAGUUUAGAUAUUGCUUGGAUGCUUAUUUCUAGCAAACUACAAGCCUGUAAUGCAUAUCUUAAGUUAUUUAGAAUUGAUUUUGAGCUGUUAAAUGUAAUUGAGAUAUGUAGUUACUUUCAA